AUGUUAACUUUGCAUGUCUCCACACAAUCGUAAAGCACUGUAGGUGCUAGUGUCGUUGCAUACGGAGAAGGUCGUGUGGGUAAUGGUUUUAUUCAUGAUGAUUUGUGUUGUGGAGGUGGUGGUGGUGGUCGUGAUGAUGAGGGAGGAGGUGGUCGUGGUCGUGGUCGUGAUGAUGAUGAGGGAGGAGGUGGUGGUGGUGGUGGUCGUGAUGAUGAUGAGGGAAGAGGUGGUGGUGGUGGUGGUGAUGAUGAUGAGGGAGGAGGUGGUGGUGAUGACGAUGAUGGGGGUAGAGGUGGGGGUCGUAUUCGUGGUGAUCGUGUGAGAAAUGAGCUGAGGCAGCAAACGUGA